AUGAAAUGGAUCAAGUACGUCCCUGGAUUGAAUGUUCUAUAUGACAUCUUCUUCAACGGCACGCCAUCACUUGAGGCGAUCAAAGACUCCCUCAAUGUGCAGGCCCUCCUGAGCGCACUGCUCAUAGCAAUUGUGAUCUCCUUCCCUGGAGCCUUCGAGCACGACGAGUUGAAAGAGGCAAGCACUCGGCUUUCAAAGUGCCUGUUUUCAUCCAACCCGGACCCCUUGGCGGCGUCCGACCUUCUGAAACGGGAAGUCUUCUGGUCAAGUCUCUUCCUGAGCAACAAUGUCUUGAUGGUGGUCAUGGUGUACCUGUCCUUGGCAGGAUUGAAGCUACAGGCGAACAAUGCAGAGGAGCGCUUUAAAGCCUGGUACUUCUACGCGCGUUUCCUGCUGUUUUUCAUGACGAUGUUCAUGAUGGCAGGUGUCUUGACCUUCGGCCGGUGCACGUACUUCAUGUUCAUCCUCAAGUUCCCAGUGUCGGGUGACCAUGAGAACUGCACCAAUGCAGAGACAGCCGACACCUCCCCCUUUGUCUUUUUGAGGGACGUGGGCAAUGUCAUCUGGCUUGGGACCAUGGCCUCCACAGUGCUGAUCCUCAGCUGUACCCAUUUCUCGCAGCUUCGGAUGGACGAGAAGCAGCCGCAUCCGAUGCCAAUUACGCGGAUUGUGCCACGGCCGGCCGAGGAACGAUGA